CAAACAGUUUCCAGCGCCCAUGAAUCUUCCCGUGAGAGCAUUAAAACGGGCGUGCCCACGUCCGUACUACACGUUACAAUGCCGCCACAAGCACGGUGACUCCCAUGGCGUCUAUGAAUUCGAGCCUUCAAAAAAUCCAUGGGAGGACAACAGUUACCAUGCCCUAAAAAAGGACGUCGGUAACACCGGGUGGCCAAUACUGGUUGCCACCAACACCACGCAGCCAAUGUGGCAGAGUUACACUUGGGGAGAGCACAGCGUAAUACCAAGGGAUGGAUACGGAUGCCCCGGAACGUUCCCCCCGGAAGUCAGUACCAAGAUAAAACAUACAUUCAGGCUACCGCCGCAAUUCUACCCAUUUCUGAAAAAACUGGGUGACGACACACCGGAAUUAAAACCGUACAUGGACAGGCUGAUCUCAGGCAAGUUUACCAACCAGGAUUACGAAGAGAUGUUCUACAAAUUCGCCAAGCCCUUGAAGAUAUAUCGCAAGCUCAUCCCUAAGCCGUUCAGGACGGCAGAGGAACAGGCAAAUGAAGCACGGGUGUCAUGGGAAAGUGCAUGGGUCACGUACAGGCAAAAGAUGGCAGGUGAGUACAACGUCGUUAUAUGCAUUCGCGAGUACAUUACGGGGUUACUAGUAGCCUUCUAUGCAGCAUACCUCUGGACGAAGAUGCACAGACAGUACCGUGCUGAUAUGCGUCUAUUCUACCAUGACGCGCCCGAACACAAGAUCAAAUGGGUAGUUCCCCGAGGUGACCUUAUAUAAAACUGACAUUACACCAACUGCCACAAUAACGCUCAUAACAUACCCACAGGCUACUUGAAAACAAUACCUGUUUAAUAUGUACACCUAACGUGUA